AUGGCGGCUUCGAAGAGGUUGUGCUCCUCUCGAUCGCGCGAUUGUAGCGAGAAUUCGCGCAGAGCACAUGGAUCUAAUGACAAAAAGGGACAUAGAAGAGAAGUGGAAUCUCUUCUGGACAUUUCUGCCAAAGUUGUGGCAGAGAAUAUUCCGUUUCAACGGAUAGAACAGCUUUACGAUCGGAUACCGGAGCCCGUUCAAAGUCGGAUUGUGUACUGGUCGUUUCCCCGAAAUGAAAAGGAUAUUUGCAUGUACUCUUCCUAUGCAAACUGUUCUAAUAAGGACAACUGUGAAAGCCAAAAGCUGCCUUUUUAUCAGGGAAUUAAACUUUUAGAAAACGGUGCUGUUUCCAACGUUCUGCAAAUAGGCUUCCACUUAAGCGGAACGAUAACAGAGCCUGCCAAACCCCUUUUCUCAGAGCCAGAAAAACCAUACCAAGUAUCAAUAAGUUUUGACAGGUGUAAAAUCACAUCUGUAAAAUGUGGCUGUGGAAACCGAGAUAUAUUCUGGUGCCACCAUGUGGUGGCGCUGUCACUGUAUCGGAUACGGAAAGCAGACAGUGUCCAACUACGGGUGCCGAUAUCCGAAACACUUCUACAGAUGAGUCGGGAACAGCUGCAGAAAUUUGCCCAGUAUUUAAUCGCAGAACAUCAUACAGAUGUUCUACCCACAGCCCAGAGAAUAGCAGAUGAAAUCUUGCAGGCAAUGUCCGAAAUCAACAUGCUUCCAGGUGCCCCGGACCCUACAGCAGGCGCAUCUAUUGAUGAUGACAACAGUUGGCAUUUGGAUGAAGAACAGGUUCGGGAACAAGUUCGCACAUUCCUCUCUCAGGGUGGAUACCUCAACUCUUCCAAUCAACUUAACUCCAUGUUUGCCAAGGUGAGAGAGAUGUUGCGAGCCCGAGACUCUAAUGGCGCUCGAAUGUUGACGCUGAUCACAGAGCAGUUCCUGGCUGAUCCUCGGCUGACUGUCUGGAAGACCCAAGGGACACCCAUGACUGACAACUGCCGACAACUCUGGGAUGAGCUGGGUGCAUUAUGGGUGUGUGUGGUGCUAAAUCCAAGCUGCUCUCCGCUUGAGAAGGAACAGUGGCGUGCCCUCCUGGACCAGUGGAUCGGGAACUCUCUGUGCCCCCUUGAGGAUGCAGAUGGGGGUCGGCAAAUACCUGAUGUCCCCCUCACCCGGGAUCUGUUAGCUGGAGGCACGAACAAUACACCCCCUCAGACCCGGCCACGCCCCCGGACAGUGUUCCAGCAUGCCCAGGAAGCGAGCCAGCUGACGUGGGAAGACCGACACCUACAACUGAUUGUCCACCAGGACAAUUUCCACAGUCGUGAUGCAUGGAACUCCAAACUCUUCGACUCCCGGGGACUUCCUCUCUGGCAUGAGCAUAUACCUACAGCUUGUGCCAGAGUGGAUGCCCUGCGUUCCCAUGGUUACAUUAAAGAAGCUUUGCGAUUGGCUGUUUCUAUUGUAAGAACAAUGAAGUUAGAACAGAAGAGAAAUCAAGAACGAUACAGAGACUUGCAGAGAGAUAUAGUGUCAGCCAAUCCUUGUAUGUCAACAUGUGGGUCAAGGUCACAACCACCUGUCAAUCAAACUGGUCUGAUUGGUCACCCCCUGAACCCCAUCUCUGUCCUGUUUGAAACCCUGCUGGAGGCAUGUCUGGGGCCCGAUGAACAUCAUGGAAGUGGGUCAUCAUCUUCAAGUUCAAGUUCCCGUAACAACAACAACAGUUCCAGCAACAACCAUUCCUCAUCUUCAUCAUCAUCAACGUCAUCUUCAUCGUCGUCAUCCUCACAGCGCUACACACACUUUGCUGAAGGAUUGGUAUCCGGGGAAACCUACCUCACUCUAGCCAUAGAAGUGGCUCUCAUAGGUCUCGGGCAGCAGAGGAUCAUGCCGUCGGGGCUGUACGCUCAGGAGAAGGCGUGUAAACAGGAGGAGAGAUUGCUGUCCAUGCUACACAACAUUCCCUCGGACCCGGUGAUCAUUGGCGUCAUGAAGAGCCAGGCCACGCUGCUGUUGGAAGGGGGUCCCAGUAGUGGUUUGGGAGUUGGCAUCCAUCCGGAGAGCUACCCCAUGCACACAUUUGCUCGCUACCUCUUCAACUGUUUGCUUCCUGUUGAUGUCGACCUCGCCUAUAUGAUCGGCAUGAGGGCAAUGAGACUACCGGUGCUGGAGAAUACAGAUGAAGUGAACCUUGACAAUGGCAUCAACAAUGUUGGGUCGGCCAUCUUGAGUCGCUUCCCGCGGUGGUUCAUCUUGAGUCACGUGGAGGCACAGCAGUGUGACCUGGCUUCUACGCUACUUGCUGCCUCGAAAAGUGACACCGGUCGACUGCGCCGAGUGCUGGAGUGCGCCCAGCAGCACAUACACAGCUCCUCCCAGCUGUACAAGCUGGCGCAGGAUGCCUUCAAGAUUGCCACCACCCCAGACGGCUCCAAACACAUGCCUGCUCUCAAUGCCGCAUUUGAACUAGGUCUUCAGGUUAUGAGAAUGACAUUGAUGACUCUGAAUUGGCGACGUCGGGAAAUGGUGCGGUGGUUGGUGACGUGUGCAACAGAGGUUGGAGUUCAGGCGCUCAUCUCUAUCAUGCAAAACUGGUUCCAGUUGUUUGCACCCAUCGAGGCAACAAGUACUGUGGCUACGACAGUGGUGUCCCGAGCAACGAUGGACCAGCUGAAGUUAACGUACCCCCAACACGAGGAGCUGGCUCGAUGUGCCCGCAGCCUCGCACUCCAGUGUGCCACCAAAGAUCCCCAGAACUGUGCAUUGUGUGCCCUAACUCUGUGUGAGAAGGAUCCUGUAGCAUUCGAGACAGCGUAUCAGAUCGUCAUCGACGCUGCAGCUCAUGUGAUGAAUUCCAGUCAGUUAUUUACUAUCGCUCGCUAUAUGGAGCAUCGUGCCUACCCCCACCGAGCAUAUAGACUGGCGCUCCUUGCCAUGAAAAAUCUCCACCUAGCUUACAAUCAAGACACCCACCCAGCCAUCAAUGACAUUCACUGGGCAUGCUUGCUCAGUCACUCGCUGGGGAAAACGGAACUGGCCAACAUGAUCCCGUUACUCGUAGAAAAUGUGCAGUGUGCUGCUGUACUGUCAGACAUUUUGCGUCGGUGUACAUUAACGGCGCCGGGUAUGGCAAGUGCGGACGGUAAAAGACGAGCAAUUAAAUUGCUGUCGUAUGAAAAGCUACCCCUCAGACAACUUAUGGAAGCGACCAUAUACGCAUACAUCCAAACGACUCAUUCCAAACUGACCCAUAUUAGUCCCCGACACUACGGAGACUUCAUUGAGUUUCUCAGCAAGGCUAGGGAAACAUUCAUCUUAGCUCAAGACGGACAUAUACAGUUUGCUCAACUCAUUGAGAACAUGAAACUGGUGUAUAAAGGCAAAAAGAAGCUUAUGUAUUUAAUAAAGGAACGAUUUGGAUUAUGAGUGAGCAAUUGUGCGACAGCAUUAUUCACGGGACCACUUUUAAGUUAUCAUUCUUCAUCAGUGCUAUGGACUUCUUUUCUUCAUCUCAAUGGUGCCACACCCAUCUGUCUGUGACCCUGGGAAACGCAAACAUGGCUGGACAAGCAACUAUCGUCACCCAGUAUUUCCAGAUAGGCUCAUAACUCACACAGUUGUUGAUUUCUCUCCUUUUGUUUAUAUGUCAAUAUACAUAUUGUUUUUGAAUACUUGUAGAAUAUGAUUUGUCAGUAGUUUACACACUGAGGAUGUAGUUUGUCAUGCCAAACUGACUUCUUUUUUCUAGUUUUCCAAGCCAUAAUGCGUUGUCUCACUUGAUCAUUGGACCAGCAAUAUAUAUAUCGAGUUGAAACUCAGGAAUGCAAUAUAUAUGGUAACCAAAGGCUAUCAGCACGUUUCCCAUGUCUGUAUUUUGUAUGACAUAUUUUUUAUGGAAUGAUUGAGAAAACACUAAAUGCAUGUUUUGAGAUUUUACACAUAGGAUUUGUAAUGAAUACAGCUCAAAGUGUUGGACAGUGUCCAGGAAUGUAUAGAAAUGAUACAAAUAGUGUUGUGUUGACCUGAUACAGUGUCAAGGUCACCUGUAGGUCAGAGGUCACAUGCUAAGGUCACCAGCUUGGCUGGUCAGAGUCACCUCUGACCUUGACUCUGACCGCAUGACCAAGAUGUCAGCAAGUCGUGAAGGAAUGUUCAUUGAUGUAGGUUAACAACUGACCUGAGGUCAUAUGAAUAUUCGUAAUCAGUCAGGUUAUAGAUUUCCCACAAUGCAAUAGGUGUCAUGCUAUGUGCAUCUACAGGGUUCAGCAUGUGAUCAAGGAAUUGAUAUUUGGAAAAACUAUAAAUAAACAAACUUUGGAAUAUUAGGAUCUUGUAUAAGAUCAACCAAUUUUGGAUUUCUCUGAACAAAAACAAGUAAUUAAAGCCAUUAUUAAAAAUGUGUUGGGGCUUGACACAUUCUCAGCUGUGGAGCUUUAACAUUAGCUUCCAGACUUUCUAUGGACUAGUUUGCCACAGUGGUACAUGUUUGGUAAAAAUGGUCGAAAGAAUCCAAAUUAUUUUCAAAGAUCCUUUUGAAAAAAUUGAGUUCGUACGGGAAAUACUACAAACAAUAUGUUGAAUGUAUUGUUCCAUUCAUUAACAGUUGUAUGCAAACACUGUUAGCUCUGAGAACACAACACUUGAGUAUAACACUGUUUGAGUAUUUUAAGGCGGAACUGUCACAGUAAAAGAUGUGAGAAGUUUACAAGUUUUCACAUGCUGUGAGGACAGGGUAAUACGAUUUUAAGAUAAGUUUGAAAUAAACUUUUAAUUUAGUUGAUAUAUUCUAAAUCUGUUUUUGCAGUAUUUUCUUGAUUUGGGAAAAUGUAUUGUUAUUGUACUUGUUACGUUAUGCCUGUUUGUGGAAUAUUAUUAUUGGUUACAUUUUCCAUUUAUGUGUUUUAAUUUGGAACAAAAGGAUUAGCGGAGUAUUGUUUGAGCAUACAUGUAUUUCAUGUCAGGAGAAAAAGAUGUUCCAAUGGGAUUUUUAAUUUCCUUUCUGGGGUGUUAUUUUUUUUGGAAUUGGCUACCUCUGUGUAUUGUUGUUCCUGGCACUCUAUUAUUCUUUCAGAGUCUCAGUCAUGCAGUUUUAAUGUGUUUUGUCAGCGUAUUCAUUCAGUUGAAUUCACAUACAAAGAAAAUGGAAACAACUUGAGCUGUAGGUAUUGUUCUGUGACCAAGUUGUUAAAAUUCUGAUUUUUUUUUUUUAUUUGAUGGAAAUCAGGAUUCAUAAAAUAUGGAUCUCAGGGACUGAAACCCAUUUUUUUCAAGCCCUAAGUUUGUAUUUUCAAACUGUUUCUAAGCAUAUAUACCCAUUGCCAUUGUAGAGUUAUUUACUCUCAGUAAUAACCUAAGUAAGUUAUUAAUGAGUCCUGCACCUUGAACAUUGUGUGACAUAUUACCUGUACAAAGAACCAUGAUAUCUGUUGUCUGUCUUGACAUUUGUGUUAAUGUGAUAUCAUCUUUUCCAUGAAAGUUAUAAUAUUAAAAACUGUGUGUUAUCUACCUCAAAUGUCGACUAUCUAAACAUGUAGCCAGCAUAAUUUUCUCACCGCUGAUAACCCAACACAUGUCGUUUGUGUCCAUAAAACUGAAAACAGAAACGUUUUUAGAGACCGUUAUUUACAAAUUUAAACCUUUACUUCAGCUGUGCAGACAAAGGCUAGAGUUAAAUUGGAAAUGAAUCCCUUUGUAUGUAUUUAAUGACUGUUUUACUGGUUGUUCGUGUAUUGAUAUGCUACUCAACGUUUGAGUAGUUUUAAGACCACACCUUGGACUAAAGAUGACUAUUUUGGUUCUUUGCAAAUGUUGAGAAGUAUAUAAUCGAUGUGUUUGUUUGGGCCUACCUCAUAAACAGUCAUUGUUGGGAUAUCAGUGGUACAAAUCAAACUAAAUCUACCUUGAAAGUUUCAUCAUCAAUCAUCACCAUCAUCAUCAUAAUCAUCAUGAAUCAGCCAUAUUCUCAUAACGAUGUGCAUAGCCUCAUUUUGUAGUCUAGUCAGAAACCCUUGUACAAGAAUUUUCAAUUUCAAUAUAGAUACUGAAUUCCUCCUUCCAGUCAAAUUUCUUACAUUCUUUCAAAGUCUGUUUUCUCCUAAACUUGUUUUUGAAACUCCCCUGCACUCUAUCCUCGACACACUACAGAAAGGGCAUAUACUGCCAUCUAUAUAAUGUUGGAUUUUUAGCAAUCAAAAUAUUUUAUAUUUCAUGGUACAAAAUGUUAGGUAGGUUGUUUUAUAUUCAUCCCAACACCUGCCAAAACAUUCUGAUUCCGUUAGCUCAUAAUGUUUUUUUGUUUUUUUUCAUUUCUUUGUCAUGUAUUGCAAUAGAAAUCAUUUGAGUUCCAAUUCCAAGAACAUUCAGUAUUGAAUCGCCGUCAGCUGGUGUGGAAUUGAUGUAAAUCCCAUGAGCAGUUUGUCACUACAGGAAAUUCAUUGAUUACAUUGAGCCUGAAGUAUUUUCUUCCCAAAUCAUAAUAACUUUUGUAAUACUAUACACCGAGCAAUAUUGCCAAGCUCUCAACAGGGAUGUAAUGAUAUGCAGCAGAGCUUAGCAUGUGUUAUCAAUAUGUCGAUGUGCAUAAAGCCUAUAGCAUCUUGUGACAGAUCAGUAAAAUGUUUAUUCUAUAUAUUUAUUUCUAUAAGUAAUGUAUAUGUACUAUUGUUUUGUAUCAGUCAUAAUUGCAAGAUAGAUCCCAUAACAUAAGGAAGUAAAAACAUUUCCCCAUUUUCUAAAUAGGUAGCCCUGAAUUUUAAUAGUUUUACUAUUUUGGACAAUUUCCCCUACGGUAUUUGAAAACUUCUCCAACACAAGGGAAGAGUAAUGUCCCUUACAUUUCAUAGCGUCAUCAUAGAAACUUAAAUAUUAUAAUAAGUGGCAUUCAAUUCUAUUAUGUUAUCAUAUACUAUUAAAAUAAUCUGUCUUAGAAUGGAUUUAUUAUGUAAUGAUUUUGGAUUAUUUAUUCUUUAAAUAAUAAUUAGUCAUAAUGACCUUUUUAUUCCUAGUUGUGUCUGUGUUGCAUGUGUAAGACAUGACUGCACAUACUGAGAUGAUGGUCACUAACAGUGCUACAUCUUGGUUUAUACAGUGCUAUUGUUGUUUUGAAGGUCAGCAUGACACAAUCAAUCCAUGCAUGAUCAUGUCCUUGCCUAGAGACGUUUAUCCGACUAAUGUACUAUCUUUUGUACUGGUAUUACAAAUAAGCAAUUUUUGUUCGAAAAAAAAAAAUAAGCAAAUUUUAUUUUCCAUUUUUAGGGUAAGUAGCUUUUUAAAUUAAGGCAUUUAAAGAACAAGCAAAUGUUUUCUUAUCAUAAAUGAAGCCAUAUUAAUUCAUUUAUUUAUUUGAGCACAAUUCAUAUUAAGUUAGAUACAGUUGGGAUGUUUAAGGAUUGUAUAAUUAGUGUCAAAAUAGCCUGCAAUCAAAACUUCAAGCCCAGUUUAAGCUUCUACAACACUGCUUAAUACCAAUGAAAACAGCGUACCAAUGUGAUGGAUGAUUGUCCUCUUGUGAACGGGAAGAUGAAUUGUUGAGAUAUGUUUUUAAAACAGACUGUGUGUACCCAAGGACCACCCUGAUUCGUGGAGGAGUCUGGUGGAUGCUAUCACUGUUGUUAGACAUGGGAGAAGCUUGGGUUUGUUUAUCCAGAAAGGUGCAUGUAUUGUGUUGGUUUGUUUCUGUAUUUUGUGCCCAUGAGUUGUAUACGAGUCGAAUGUUAGUCGUCAUUGGUCGCUACCAUCACUCAUUAAAAAUAAUGAAAACAAAAAGAUGUCUAUUUAUUGAACCCAAAACAUGGGUUUUGAUAAGUUGUACCUUCAUAUUAUCUUUCAUGGUAUAAUAAAAAGAGUGAGAAAUGCA